AUGCAGUGGUACUUAAAAAACUUAUAUUUUGGGAUUCAUAUGUUAAAAUGGGCUGUAGAGAAAAAUGGGUAUACUAUUUCUGAAAAGCUAGAAUUAAAGGACCUACAAUCCGUGCAUCCAUCUCUUGGAAUCGGGUUUGUCGCUGCUCAAGAUAUUAAAGAAGAUGAAGAACUCGUUACUUUCUCUAAAAAGAAUGUCCUUUGUUUGUCGAAUUCAGAAUUGACAAAGAUUCCCGAAGUGAUAGAUUUGCCCGGUUGGGCAGCUCUUUUGUUGACAAUGGCCUACGAAAAUAGCAAGCCAGAUAGUUUUUGGAGACCUUAUUUGGAUGUCUUUCCAAGUAGAGACCGGAUCACGUCUCCGUUCUUUUGGGAAGAAGUAAAGAAAAAAGAGUUGUUAAGUGGUACGGUACUUGAAUCUAAUCAAGAUUAUAAAGAGAUUGAUAAUCUUUGGAAGCAUUCUAUAGAGCCGAUUAAACAGCAAUACCCGGAUUUAUUUUCAAAUGUCAAUUUUGAAGAAUAUGCUCGUAUGGCAGCUGUCAUGCUUGCCUAUAGCUUUGAUACAAAAAAACCAGUUCGUAAGGAGGAGAAAGAUGAAUCAAAAAAAAUUUCAGGUGAAGCAUCCACUAGUAAAGAAGUUGAAGAUGCAAAAGGCGUUUCCUCCCUUGAGCAAAGGGAAGACGGUGUGCCUAAAAAAAAAGAAGAAGAGGAAGAAGAAGAAGAUUCUGAAGCAGAGGAUAGUGAUGUGGAGUCAGAAUACGAUCCUGAGGAAUUUGAAAAAUCAAUGUGCCCCGUUGCAGAUAUGUUUAACGGUGAUGAUGAAUUAUGCAAUAUUCGUCUUUACGAUUUGGAAGAUCGGUUGACCAUGAUUGCUUGCCGCGACAUUAAAGCAGGAGAGCAAGUGUGGAAUACGUACGGAGAAAUUGACAAUUCAGAGCUGUUUCGAAAAUACGGAUUUACAAAACCAAAAGGAACCCCUUACGACUUUGUGUUGAUCAAAGGUGAGGACUGGUUGUCGGAAUAUUUUAAGAAGAUUGGACAAGAGGAAGUGGAAGAGAGACUAGAGUUGCUUUUAUACAAGGAAAUACUUUCUAAUCCUGAGGGGGAUGUCACUUUCUCCGAAGGUGAUUUAGACUUUACAGGCAUUUGUUUGUCUUUUGUGAUAAUGGAGAAAAAAGGAAAGGUUUCUCAUAUCCCUAAAAAGUCAGAAAUUCAGCCAAAACAUUAUCGAAAAUUGCUGAAGAUUAUAGAAAAUCAUUUGCGAAUGUAUCCUGAGCUUCAAGAACCGAAAACUCUAGAUGAAGAGAAUGCAAUGGUUUUGGUAAAUAAAGAGAAAGAUAUACUUCAAAGCCUUUACAACAACGUAAAAGAUAACUUGGCUCAGAAGGCACCAAGCAAGCGUCGAAAAACCGAAGAAGAGGACUGA